AUGGGGACAUUACCGACCUUGCCUAAGGAAGUAGAUGGAGAGAGUGGUUUUCUCACAGCCAGCGACGUUGAGCCCGAGGAGGCUGGCACCACACCUGGGACUGGAAACGGUAUUGUUAAGGGAGGGGUGGUCGUGACCGCGGACGGGAGCAGCACCAGCCCAUCUGGCCAAGGCCAAAUCGUCCACGUUAACGGCCUGCCUGUUGUGGUUUCUAAGAAGAUGUUGAAAGCUCGUCGGCUAGCUACUAGUCUUAAUAUCGCACACUCCCAGCCCAGAAUUCGACCUCCCUCCAUAUACAACGCCGUCAACCCAACAAUCAUCAACCCUGCGGUCCGAAGCCGCGCGAGCCUCCUCCUUUACCCCGGCCGACCCCUCACUCACACAACCCACACGCGCCUGAGCGUCAAGCAACUCGCAGCCGCGAAACAGAGACAAAAGCGAAAAAAGAAAGAGGAAGAGGCGGCUGAGAAAGCGAGGUUAGCCUACGCAAAAAGGUUUGAUAAGAAGAUUAGGGGGGAUAAGGUUGUGCAGGUGGAUUUUCGGAAGAGGGUUCGAUUGUGGAUGAAGGGGGUUCAGGCUGCUAUAGGGGAGGAGGGGUUCGGGGAGGUAGAGUUCGAUGGGGAGGGGUUGCCUAUUUAUCGGUAG